UUGUAAGCAGGCCAGGAGACCCCUGUGGCUUUGUUUUUUUUUCGAAUUUUCUCAAGUGGUACCUAGCGACAACAGCGGGAAGGAAGUUGGUUGCAGUCAGGAUGAAGCUCUCAGUGUUGUGUUUAUGUGUUCUUCAUCUGAUGUUUGUCAGCGCGGGACUUCUCACCAGCAACGAUCUCCAAAGUGGGAGCAGUGAUAUGGCAAAGAUCUCCAGGAGGGCAGGUGGUUUACCAAGCAAAUAUAGAACACUGUUUGCAAGAAGAGGGCAGUAUGAACAGCAGAAGCUUCUGAUGAUGAGGACUAAAGGGAUGCCUGAUGUUCCAAAGGACAGCAAGGACGCUCAAAAACCUGCUUCUGCUGUAUGUUCCCAGCUGGGACAAAGCUGUUUGCCCCAACAGGGCUGCUGUGAGCCCUGUUCCACUUGUCAUUGCCACUUUUUCAAAGCCAUCUGCUUUUGCAGGAGGAUAAAUAUGCAAUGCAUCAAAAAUACAUAGAAAAAAACCCUAACAAAAUAUAGGAUUGGACACAUGCAUACAUAGCAUGGAGUUGAUUAUAUAUGCAACUUUUUGUAUUUUUCAUGGACAUUGCAUCACGCAAAAUCACUUUGAAGGACUUAUUAUAACCUUUUGUGACAUGUAACCCCAUGCAAAGUAUUCUAUGGUUUCAUCAACUGGGGGUAUUGACUUCCAUAAUGAUUCUUCUACAUUAUUAUCAAUAUUUUUAUUUUUUUCGUGAGCUUUUACAUAAGUUUUGUGAUAUUGUAUUCUCGGGUGACAUUAACGACAGAGAAAAGACAAUUCUAAGAGGCCUUGACGGUGCCCAAGAAUAUUGGAUUUCAAAAUGCGGUGGCAUUGAAGUGGACUCCAAUACCAUGGUAGCACAACUGAUUGUAUGAUGUCAUACAAAUGUUGAUAUCAGUCUGAUAACAAUAUUUUUGUUAAGUUUUAAUGCAAUAAUUUUAUUUCCUAAACAUUAGAUUUGAUUUUGUCUUUCAAUCCAAUUUGAAUGUAUCUUCUAAUUGUGACACAAUAUACUGUGUAUAUAUACACAUGUGUAUGUAAUUUUUGCGUGUGUGUAUGUAACAUACACAUUGUAUGAUAUUACAGAGCACAGAGGACUUCCAAAGUAAUACGUCACAGAAUGUUGUAAUUUCUGAUAGUUUAUUGGACUGAAACUGCUGAGAUUGUAUGUUUUAUGUAGGGGAAUUAAGUAUAGCUAUUAAAAAUGGAUUGUGGUAUUGUGUAUCUCUGAACUUUAUGACAUAACAUCUGUCAGAAAAUAAUGUGCAGUUGUGGAAUAGAUACAACCAGUAAUUCAGUUGGAAUACUUCAUAUGAUCGGAAGACAUUUGCAAUUUUACAUGUCUCAAAGAUUAAUAAUGCAAAUACUCGGGGAGCUACAAAGUCAAAAAUGAUAAAAACCCUUGCAAAAAAUGUCUUAUAAAAAUGGAAACAGUCAUGCUAUGCAAGUAGUCCCCUGGUUACGACAUACUUGAUGUACGCGAUGUCGACUUCUCGACACCAUAGUCUCAUCUGCCUUUUUGUCUCCA